GGGCCUCGAUGUGCUGAAACCACGGCUCUGGAUCGUGCUGCCAAACCUCCGGCAGCCUGAUUGCCGCAGUGUACACAGCGGGAACGGCCUGCGCCCCUGCACCGUCACCCGACUCCCCAGACAUGCUGCUCAAACGUCCAAGGUCACCAAUGUGGCGGUCGCAGAAAGAGGAGUCAGACGAAGGAUUUGGUGUGAGCAGAGUUUAUUUCCUUACACAUGCCAGUGACAGCAGUCAUACCAGGAAGCCCCACUGAAAGGUAACUUCCGCCGUUAUAAACCCCACCACCAGUGCACAAAACUCCCCACGUCAGCAAGCCCCGCUCUUUCUAAUUUUAGGAAACCCAGCAGCCACACAGACACCACAACCUUUUCAAAUGUUUUAAUUGUAUUUCUGAAGAUUAUGAAGUAUUGAUGUAACAAGUGUAUUUAUGUGUGCCUCUCUUUUUUUCUUUGUGCACUGAGGCUUGACAGAAAAGUAGUGCCAAACAGUCCUUGAGAUGAGCUCCAAAAGUGUCCAAUCUUCACUGAAGCAACCUCAAAAUGCCCAAGCGCGCCUGGACGCUGAAUCGCCAGCGCUCCCAGCGCUCCUUAACGCACCACAGAGCCACUUCUCUCAUAGUAAACAGUAUGGCGGCGCUUACCGGCUGUUCUUCGGGUCUCUUUUUGACCGUGUCGGGGAGAUCGCCUGCACGAUAGCUUUGAGUGAUCUCUAUUACUUGUUUUUUAACAUGGGGACAAACAACGAACAGACACAGAUGGACAAGUUUCGUGAACAAACAUGGAGGAAACAGAAGUUCACUUGAAAAUCAAUUUACAGUUUUGGACAAAGGAGAAAAUGCCACCCUGGUGACAGAGCCGAAACCUAAACCUGAGACUCCGAUGCCCUUACUCGACAAAAAAAUGUUUGAGAAGGCUCCUGUGUGGGAUUUUGAUGAUGUUUAUAACCAGGAUGCCCCCCCUCGACCCGCAACGUGUGCCCAGUCACGACGAAACUCAAAGGAUGAAUUCUUCAUGAAGGCUUUUCUUCCCAAUGUCUGUUUAUUUCUACACAAAGACAGCAUCAACAUGAGUGAGUGGAACCGGCUUUCACAUUUUAACAAUCCCCUUGGUUUUAUGGAGUAUAAAUACGAGGAUGUGACCUGUGACCCUGUCCUGAAACUGAUUCCACAGCCCAAAGAGCCACUGCUUUCCCCAAAACCAGGGAGCAACGGCUGUGUGCGCUGUGCAGUGGUGGGGACUGGAGGAAUCCUCAACGGCUCCAAAAUGGGGGCAGAGAUUGACGCUCAUGAUUACGUCUUUCGAAUGAAUGGUGCAAUCACUCAGGGCUUUGAGGAGGAUGUGGGGAACAGGACAUCAGUGUAUGUUCAUACAGCUCACUCCAUCACCACAUUACUCGAUUUGCUCAAGAAAUAUGGAUACCAGGCUGCCCCCCAUGAUGAGGGUAUCAAAUAUGUGAUGAUUCCUGAGGGGCAGAGAGAUUAUAACUGGCUCAACGGUCUUCUCAAAGGAGAAAAAAUAGCUGAGGGUCCCUACCGCAACAAGGAGCCAAGGAAGUUCUAUUCAGGUCAGUUCAAUGAGACCCGCUUCUAUGUUCUGCACCAGGACUUCCUCCGGUACGUCAAGAACAGAUGCUUAUCGUUGUUUAAUAGAGCCUCGAAUCUCCCAGGCAUGGCUGUCUACAUCCAGUGCUUCAACAUUCUCAUAGCAUUGACAUUAAUGCUCAUUUUUCUGUCAUGGGAAUUCCUCUUGAACAUUCACACCAGCUGGUUGCUUUUUUCAAGCAAACGCAGAGCUGGAGACAGAUUCAUUGAAGCUAACUUCACAAUUUGGACAAAAGGAAAGCCUGAAACUCCACCAGCUGCUGCAUUCACAACACAAAAAGCAAACAAGACAAAUUUAAGAAGAGAAAAAUCAGUAGAAGCAGAGAUUCCCAUCCGACCCCUCAUCAUGAAAUCCUUCAGGAAGCUUCCAAAAUGGAACUUUGAUGAUGUUUAUAAUGAAGAUGCUCCAUCCUGGCCAACAACAUGUGCGAAGUCUCUGAGAAAAUCAAGGGAUGAGAUGUUCAGAAAGGCUUUUCUCCCCAACAUACGUUUGUUUCUGCACAAAGACAACAUCAACGUGAGUGAGUGGAACCGGCUCUCACACUUCAACAGCCCAUUUGGAUUCAUGCAGUACAAGUACGACGAAGUCAUGGCUGCAGUCAAGUUGAUCCCAAAGCCCACAGAGCCUCUGCUCCUGCCCAGACCGGGAGGAGACGGCUGUGUGCGCUGUGCUGUGGUGGGCACUGGAGGAAUCCUCAAUGGAUCCAGAAUGGGGGCAGAGAUCGAGGCGCAUGACUAUAUUUUUCGGGUGAACGGAGCGAUGACCACAGGCUUUGAAGCAGACGUCGGACACAGAACAUCGGUCUACGUUCACUCUGCUCACUCCAUCUUUAAAUCACCGCAGUUGUUGAAAAAGUACGGAUACAAGUCAGCGCCACAUGAUGAGGGUAUAAAGUAUGUGAUGAUGCCUGAGGCCAUGAAGGAUUUCCAGUGGCUUGAGGGUCUCCUCAAAGGGAGAAAAGUCUCCUCUGGACCGUAUCAUGGAAAACAGCCGAGACGUUAUUACUCCGGGCAGUACAACGAGAGUCGCUUCUAUGUUUUGCAUCAGGACUUCCUGCGAUACGUUCGGAACAGAUUUUUAAAGGCAGCAAACCUGCAGUCUAAACAUUGGCCAGUGGUUCGGCCAACCAAUGGGGCUUUCACUCUCCUUCUGGCUUUGCACACCUGUGACAUAGUAAGCGCUUAUGGAUUCAUGACUGAUGACUACAAAAAAUACUCUCAUUACUACAUUGAAAAGACAAAGAAAAAGAAGAAUGUGCUCCAUCCCCGCCAUGAUUACAAACUUGAGUUGAAUCUGUGGAAAAAACUUCACAAGCGCAAGAUAAUGACGCUGUACCAAAGAAAAAAAACCCAAAACCACUGAUGUCGUUGUCAUAGUAAAAUGUUUUUUCUUUUCUUUAUAUCUGUAAAUGAAGUUCUGAGAUGAACUAUUUGAAUAGAUGUCUGUGCAGCGCUACUGACCACAUGUAGCAGAAUGAGGAACAGAAGUGAUAUUGCAGGGAUAGGUGUUUAGGGUUUUUUUUAUUAUUAUUAUUGACAUGAAUUGUUUUUGCAUAGCAUAAUUUUUUACAGAAAAGACAUUUAAAUGAAUGAAACAAAUACGAAACUGACCAAAAUUUUCCUCAGAACAACAGUUAUUAAUGAAUAAUAUACCUCCCAAGAAUCCAUGUUUGUAUUUCUUUUUAAAAUGAAUUAAGUUUAAUAUUUGUUUUAUUUCCACAUUGAGGUGAAAUGUA